AUGCAAAAGGCGCAGGCGUCACCGGACGACGCCGCUCCGCGACGGCACAGACCGCGGCUCAGUCCGACGAGCGGCAAAGCGGCGAAGAGUGCGGUGCGUCUCGACCCGUCGGCUCGUCCGACGCUGCAGGCGAGGCGCCGCAUCCUGGCCGCCGCUGCUGCCAGGCUGCCCAGCUGUGCUGCUGCACGUCUCGCCACUGUGGCUUUGGGUUUGGCUUCCCACCCCACCGCUUCUCGCGCGUCAGGAACAUCGGCUCAACCCGCUCUCUCGCUCACGUCCCCACCACACCUCGUCGGCUCAUCCUCCUCCGGUGUCGAGCCUGGAGCCUAUCGCAUCGCAUCGCCGCCGACUCCUUUCCACUGGUCGCCACAGUCCCAUAUAAUCCUCAGUUCCGACGAGCGCUCGUCCCUUUCCUCCCCCAACCAUUCCCCUUCUCCUCCUCCUAUCCGCAACCCGUGA